AGCAAGUCAAGCCAGUUAGUUAGAACUUAGCAUUCCGUCAGAAAACACAGGUCGUAAUGCAUUUUUUUGGACUACUCGUGUCGAUCGUUUGUUGUGUUUUGUGCGUCGCUGCUAAUCCGCAGCAGAUAUAUGACGGUCGUAAUGGGCCACACGUUUUCGGAACACCUGGACACCAAGUCUAUAUAAGAGGGCAAAACGAUGGUGUCUACUCGGUGCCAGGAGUGGCUGGUCAAUUUCAACACACAUCGUCACCAUCUGAACACAUCUAUAGGGACGAAAACGGAAACACCUAUGUGAACCGAAAGAAUCCGGGAGGACCAGCAACUCAUACUGUUAGAGGGCCUGGUCUAGUUGUUGGACAGCCCUCCUAUCCUGUUGUUCAGGACUCACGAUAUAGACCUGCUGCUUUAUUGUCUCGUAAAGCACGUAGUCCCCAGUUUCACGUUGAAGGUCCUGGACGUACUGUAGAUGUGGGCUCUGGAGGAUUUGUAGUUCAAAGAAGUGCACGCAGUCCCCAGUUCCAUGUAGAGCGUCCUGGUCGCACUGUGGAUGUGGGUUCUGAAGGAUUUGUGGUUCAAAGAAGUGCACGCAGUCCACAGUUUCAUGUGGAGCGUCCUGGUCGAACGGUAGAUUUUGGAUCUGGCGGAUUUGUGGUUCAAAGGAGCAGCCGCAGCAUCAAUGAUGGUCGUGUGCAAGGCGAAAAUUUUGUGGCUCGGGAUGAUCAAGCUGGUUUGUGGGAUGAUCGUGUUUCGGUUUGGAAGCGUCCUGACGGACGAACAGUCUCGGUGGCCGAUGAUGGCAGUGUCAUUAUAUCUGGUCAUGGACAAACUCAGCAUUAUUAAGGACGAAAAGUAUGUUAAACUUUUUGAAGCAUAGGGAUAAGUAAAGAUUAUAAUGCAUUAGUGAUCUUAAAGUUAAAUUAAAAAAUGUACAUAAUUUUAUAUAUAUAUAUACUUUUGAUAAAUAUAACAAAUGACAACAACGCA